UGUAAUUCUUACCGUUGCUAAGUCAUUCUUACAACUCUGAAUCUUUCAAAUCCAAGAAGCGAAAACAAACAAUGCCUCGGAGACUUCACUUCAGAAGGAUUUGAAUUGUUCUAUGUUGCAUGAAAGAUCUGCAAUCAGGAGUUCACUUAUCUGAUUUAGUGUAGAAAAGCGGAGGUGUUUUGAAACGUAAAGAUGAGUUCUUUACCGAUCCCUGAACUGGUAGAGAGCAUGGCAAAGUUAUUUUAUCUAGGUCAGUUUGAUGAGGUCAAGAAUAUACUAAUGGACCGUGAAAACAUGAUUAGAACCCAGAUGGAAAGUCUUGGUCGUGAUGCACUUGAGAGAAUGCAGGGCAUGACCGAGCUUGAGAGAUCGAAAUUUGAGGAGAGAUUGAGGGACAGUCAGAGAGAGUGCGAGACACUGAAGGAGAAAAUCGCGACGUUGAAUGCAGAUAGAGAGUCGAAUGAUGGAGCAAGGAGGGGACAGGAAGGAUUAGUUGGGGUUUGUGAGGAUCAUACUAAGAUGUUAGAGGCGAGAAACGUGAUAAUAUUAGAGCUGAAUAAGAAGUUGACUCUGCUGGAAAAUCAGAUUCUUGAAGGGGAUCAGGUUGUGAGAGUAUGUCAGGAUAAGCUUAAGGGUUUCGAGGAGAGGAUGGUGCAGCUGGACGUGGAGGUGGAGACACUGAAGCAACAAAAGAUGGAAGCUAAUGAAACCGUGGAGCAACUGAAGCACGAAUUGUCAAAAUUUGAACGGAGGGAGGAGAAACUGAGGAAAAAGAAUAUGGAGGCUUGUGAGCUUCUGGAGCAGUUAAGGCAACAAAUUUUGGCUGCCGAAGCGCACACAAUGAGGUCUGAUGAAGCCAUAAAGAAACUGAAGCGGAAAGAAUUGGAGGCUGAUCGGACGGUGCAGAAGUUGAGGCGAGAGGUAUUGGCUGGAGAAGAGCACAAAAAGAUGAGUAAUCGAAUGUUGGAUAAAAUGAGGGCCAAAGAGUCAGAAGACGUUCGUAGAAUGCAGGAACUAAGAAAACAAAAUUUGGAGGCUUCUCGGACUGUGGAGGAGUUGAGGCAGCAGGUAUUGGCUGCAGAAGAGAACAAAAAGAUCUGUGAUCAGGCAAUAGAGGAAAUAAGGGCCAGACAGUUGGAAGACAUUCGGACAGUGGAGGAACUAAAAAGCCGACAUUUGCAGACUUCGGAAACCAUGGAGGAAUUGAGGCAGCAUAUAUUGGCUGCAGAAGACCGCAAAAAGAUAUCCGAUCAAACCAUAGAUGAAAUGAAGGCCAGAAAAUCUGAAGACAUCCGGACAGUGGAGGAACUCAGCCGCCAACAGUAUGAAGUUUCUCGGGCAAUGAAGGAGUUGAGGCGCCAAAAGCUAGAGGCUUAUAAUGCUGCUGAAAUUCAUAAAAGGAGGUAUGAGAAUUUGGCGCCAAUGGCAGAGGGACUAGCCAGUUUGUUAAAGGUGGAAGUCGAUGAUCUGGUAAAUCUAGUAACUGUCGAGGAUAAGUCUCUCACUGCAGAGGGGAAUGAGGGUCUGAUUUUCCGAGUUUCUAAGGAUGGAAAACGGUGUUUGAGAAAUGACAGUGCUGAGGGUGCAGGGAAUGCUGAUGUUAUUGUGGUUGUUAAAUCACUAGGUGAUAGAAACUUGCCUGAGUCUUCUUGGACAAAACACGGAGAUACCAUUGUUUACAAUGCAUAUCAGACAUCUUCCCCUGUCCAAUCUGAUUAUGCCACGGCUCAAGCUGAGUGCAACUAUGGAGACCAAGAAAAUCGGUCUAGAAAAUUACUGGACUCCGGUGGACAUGCCGGCUCAGGCUUGGAGUUCAGGAUGUCUGUCAGUGAGCAGUUAAUGAUCCAAACAUGUUGUUCCCAUGAACUUACGCCUUAUCGUGCAGAUGCUGGAGUUAUUAUUGACAUCAUUGACAGUGAUGACGAAACAACUGAACCUGCCUAUAUUAGUACUCCACCCAAUCAGACAAAUAAACAAAAGGACUACGCCUCCGAGGUUUCUCUCAUUUCCCAGAAACGGAAAAGAAGCGAAUUUGAAAUUGACUGGCAGAAAGGAGAUGAGAACAUCGUCGGGGAAGCAAGUGAUUCUCAAAUACUUAAGUAUGAUGACUUCAAUGAGAGGACACCUAUACAUAACCUCAACAAUCGAGUACUUCAGAGGACAUGGAUGUUUCCAUCCGACAUGCUGAAGGCCUUCAUGGAGGAUGACGAGCUCUGCAUGAACGCCGUGUGCGCACUCUACAGACAGCAAGUUUCUGCAUCAAAAUCUAAUGCUGGUUUUGCUGGAAUAUUUCACCACUUUGAAGCAAUGAGCGGAUGUGCCUUGGCUGAGUAUCUGAUCGGUGAGGAUCCAGAGCUGAAGCUAAGGAAAUCCAGAGCUGAAGUAAAAGAACAAUUCCCCUGUGCUAUCAAUCUCUGCCGGAGGAUUGCAACAGAUUACUACGAGAAUCUGUUUGCAUUGUACUGCAACGGAGACGAUCCCUUCUUCAGAUCAUGAUAACCUAUGCGCAGACAACGUCUAAUCUUAUGUUAUGCUCCUGCUCGACUUCCGUUCCCCGUUGCA